AUGGAUACAAAGAAGCCAAGAAUGAAGAAAGAACAGCAACAAUAUUUAUUAAACUUCUUGAUGAGGAAUCCGGAAACGGUUAACGGAAAUUGUCAGUUGCCGGCUACCAAAAGUUUGUGGACUGAACUGACAGAAGCCCUCAAUGGAAUGGGAGGUGUUCGUAAGACACAGAAAGAUUGGUUAGAGACAUACAAGUUAUUAGCACGCAGGGCGAAGGCUAAGAUGCGCACACAGCGUGCAUCUAUGCAAAGGACUGGAGGUGGUCCUCCAGCAGAUAUCUGUUUGACAGAACUGGAGAAAAAAACAAUAAAUAUAGAGGGGACAUCAACUAUAUAUGGAUUGCCUGGAGCUGUGGAAGCUGGUAUUAUUAUUGUCCCAGGGACUCCACAGCCCAUUGUUGAUAUUCCGGAUCCUUAUGUUAAACAAAACAUAGUCAUGAUAGAAAUAAUUCAUUUCAAUGCCACUUUUCCUGGAUCAACACAUGAUGCAGCGGUUUGGCAAGGAUCCAGUUUGAGCCAAUUAUUGGAAACCAAUUAUGUUAACGGAGUUUCAGCUGGUGAAUGGCUUCUAGGAGACUCUGGAUAUGCCCAACUGCCUUGGCUGAUGACCCCGUAUGCUGAUGCGGAUGAAAAUACACCUGAGGCUAGAUAA